AUGUCAUAUCAAGCUUUAUUCAAUAUACGUCUUAAUACGCGCCCUCGGUGGAAUGUAGAGAAGCUGGAGUGGGUGGAGCGGACAGAUCCAAUUACCUGGCAUCGCAAAUUAAUUUACAGCAGAAGGCGCCGUGGCGUCGCUCUCACCUUGACAUGUAGACGCACCCAAUCUGACGCCCGGACUCUACGACAGAUGACUGUAAAUCGUAUAAGGGUAGUUGUGCUUGGAAGUCCUCGGAGUGGGAAGUCGGCGGUGGUUGUGCGUUACCUUACUAAGCGCUAUAUUGGCGAAUAUAGUUCGACUGGAGAUUUCCUCUACCAACAUAGAGUGGCAUUCGAUGGUGCUGUAUCCGAAGUAGAAAUAUUGGACACUUCAAAUUGUGCGAUUCGUGGAUGCUUGGGUGAGCACCUGCGAUGGGGAGACGCGUUUGCUGUGGUGUACUCGGUCUGCGAACGCCGCUCUUUUCUGGCGGCCGCGGAGCUUCUUUCCCUGCUGGAACGCACACGGCUGCCCAGUUGUGCAGCUAUCACUCUCUUGGGCAACAAACGUGACCUCGAACACGCCAGGGAGGUCCACGCAGAAGAGGGUCAAGAGUUGUCGUUGAGGUUCGGCUGCCAGUUCUAUGAAGUGUCCGCCGCGGAGUCGUGUGCAGGCGCAGCACUCGCCUUCCACGCGUUACUGCGGGAGGCGCGCGCGCUCGCUUUAUUGCUACCCGCGCCUAGACGCAAACUUACCGCCUACUCCGUCUCUAAAGUGAUUGGAACGAUAUUUGGGAAAAACAGCAAAAGCGUGCGAAAGAAACGACCAUCGCUCAGUAUU